AUGUUGCAGCCACGGCUCUCCUUGGCGGCGGUGCGCAGAAGCUUCCAGCUCCUCGCGGUCAGCCAGCCUGCCCUGCGCACAUACUCGUCUCGGAGCUCUAGGGCCGCGCCCGACAGCAGCGAGAGCCGCACCAACUCAAUCGAAAGCACAGGCUCGCAAUCGGUCAUUCUGCGGACGUACAAGCCGCGGACGCCGGGUGUGCGACAUCUCCGCCGCCCCAUCAACGACCAUCUCUGGAAAGGACGUCCCUUCCUGCCCCUUACGAUCCCAAAGAAGGGCCAGGCCAAGGGUGGGCGCAAUGUCUACGGAAGGAUCACAGUACGGCAUCGUGGCGGAGGUGCGAAGCGGAGAAUACGCACUGUUGAUUUCGAGCGAUGGAGACCGGGCCCGCAUCUCGUCGAGCGCAUCGAGUACGAUCCCGGCCGCAGCGCGCACAUCGCCCUCGUCACGGAGCAAGCGACCAGCCGCAAGUCCUACAUCGUCGCGGCCGAGGGGCUGAGGGCCGGCGAUGUGGUGCACAGCUACAGAUCGGGCAUUCCCCAGGACCUCCUGGACAGCAUGGGCGGCAUCAUCGACCCCGGUAUCUUGGCAGCGAAGACGGCAUUCCGCGGCAACUGCCUGCCGAUGCACAUGAUCCCCGUGGGCACGCAGGUCUUCUGCGUCGGGUCUGCGGCGAAGCGCGGUGCGGUGUUCUGCCGCAGCGCCGGAACCUCGGCAACCGUGGUCAACAAGAACGAAGAGACCAAGGACGAUGGUACCAAGAUCAUGACGGGCAAGUACGUCGAGGUGCGGCUACAGAGUGGCGAGGUGCGGCGGGUGAGCAAGAAUGCGUGCGCAACCAUCGGCGUCGCCAGCAACAUCCACCACCACUACAGGCAGCUGGGUAAGGCUGGUCGCAGCCGAUGGCUGGGCAUCCGGCCAACAGUCCGUGGUGUCGCCAUGAACAAAGUUGACCAUCCUCACGGUGGUGGCCGAGGCAAGUCCAAGAGUAACCGUCACCCUGUGACACCUUGGGGCCGACCUACCAAGAGCGGCUACAAGACGCGCCGGACGCACAACGUCAACAAGUGGGUUGUGACGCCACGACCUCGCAACCACGGCAAGCGGAGAGAUAAGAGGUCGUCCAAGGAGUAA